AUGCGUCUAUCGGCUAUCUUGUUGGCUACCCAGACGCUCCAGCGGCCUGUCAUGGCUUGGGUGGGCCUGCAGAGUGUUCUUUCUCGACCGGCCUGCUACGACUCUGACGUGACGGUGCACGUCUCUAAGACCACCGAUCAAUCGUUCGUCAACCAAGUCUAUGACCUAGAUAUCCUCUAUGCGCUUGCCGGCAAGCAGAUUUUGGUGUCCAAUUCGUAUAACAUUUCGUCCCGGCUGUGCGAACCUCUCCAGACCAACACCCACUCGGACACUCUUCAGCUCAUGGUCCAUGGGGCGUCGUUCAAUAAGAACAUGUGGGACUCCCAGUACUAG